GUGAGUCCAGCAGGGCAGCGAUGUGGUUCCGGUUCGGCGUCAUUCUCACGCCAGAGUCCUCCGACGUGGAGGUGUUUGUCUUGGGCUCUCGGGACGAAAUGGGUCACUGGGACCCGAGCAGGGCGGUUCCGAUGAAGGCUUGUCGGACUCUGCCGUCCUCGGAGGAGCCGUGUCUGUGGACCGGGGACGUGCAGCUGGCGGAGCCGUUCACCGACCCGCUGUGGUUCAAGUUCCUCCAGAGAGUCCGAGGAGGAGAGGUGGUCUGGGAAGGGAGCGGCCCAAGCCAUGACAGAUGCUGCUCUUAUGAUGAGAGGAACGUGGUGGAGGGAGUGUACUGCCACCCAAUCGGACACUGGAUAGAAGAAACAGGACACACGGAUGAGAUGAAGCACACCACUAACUUUUACUUUGGUGUGGCCGGUCAGAAGGCCAUGCAUUUCUCCAGGGUGCUGAGCUGCGUUUGGCUGGGGAGCUGCCCUCGACAGGUGGAGCACGUGACCAUAAAGAUGAAGCAGGAACUGGGCGUCACGGCGGUGAUGAACUUCCAGACCGAGUGGGACGUGGUGAACAACUCCCGAGGCUGCAUGCGCGACCCCGGGGACGCCAUGACCCCGGAGACCAUGACGGAUUUAUACAAAGACUGCGGCCUGGCAUACGUGUGGAUGCCCACGCCGGACAUGAGCACCGAGGGUCGGAUCAGGAUGCUCCCGCAGGCCGUCUUCUUGCUCCACGGCCUCCUGGAGAACGGACACACCGUGUAUGUCCACUGUAACGCCGGAGUGGGCAGGUCCACGGCGGCCGUGUGCGGCCUGCUCAUGUACGUCCUCGGCUGGACCCUGAGAAAAGUGCAGUACUUUGUAGCAGCCAAGAGGCCUGCGGUGUACAUCGACGAGGAAGCUUUAAUCCGGGCUCAAGCGGACUUCAUCCAGAAGUUUGGACAGCUUCGAUCCUCCAUAUCCUGCCCAGAAACAUAAAGUCCUCCAAUUUGUUGUUUUUCUGCUUCGUUUUGUGGAAAUUAAUAACAAGCUUCAAAGGGACUGUGGUUGAUCUCCAACUACCCGGAGAGAGUUUUCUGCUUUCACCCGUAUGAAAAGUAAUGAAUCUUACCGUGACAUGUUAGCUUUUACUUCCCUGCCGUUUAGUUCAUACUGCCACUCGGAGUCAGCCGAGGUUACUGUGAGUAAUUUUCACUGCGUGUCCGUUGGGGUGUUUGGAAAGACCUUUUCUUUUAGCCUUUUUAGUGGUAAUCAAUAAAUAGAGUUGACAUUUUCAGAAGGCAACUUUUAGCUGAUGCAGUAAAGUGCAACGAAUGGAGCGAAGAUGCAGAAAAACAAACGCCGUGACAAUAAAAA